AUGGGCAAGGCGCACUGGCUGGGCGCGCUGCUGCCGCGCCUGCCGACGUACAUGACCGUGGCCAUCGUGGACGCGGACCGCCCGGCGUCCAUGGCGCGCCUGGCCUGGGCCAUGCGGAACGACAACUGCCUCCUGCUGUUCGCGGAGGACCGGCCGUCCGGGCUGGCGCACGCCAUCCUGCACCACGUCCUCACCUUCUCGCGCAAGCUGCUCUGGGCCUCCACCAACUCGACGCGGCCCAGCGACGAGGACCUGGCGCAGGCCGAGAGCGGGCUGCUGCAGACGUGCUCCCUGGAGGCGGUCAUCGCCCUCACCUCCAAGGACGGCAGCACGACCUUCUCCAAGGCGGAGUCGCUGUGCCGGUAUCGGGAGCAGGCCGUGGAGCGCUGGCUGCCGGCCGCGGGGUGGCAGAGCAACGCCCCGCUGUUCGCGCCGCGGUGCAGCUCGUGGACGCGGUCCUCGCCGCCGGGGACCAUCACCCUCCACUACAACCGGCCCUACUCGAAGAGCCAGAACCUCCUCGACCACCCGAUAAACCAAGUGAUGAUAACGCUGGCCGACCGGAUGGGCGAGCGCUUCGUUUCGAUCUACAGCGGCGACGGAAACUUCUCCGGGCCGAUGGACUUGGCCCUCAACUGCAGGCUGGACGUGAUGGCCUUGGCCAGGCCGCUACACCACGUCGUGCACGUGCCGCCGCACCUGGUGGCCUUCCCCUGGGAGAUGAUGAGGGUGGUGAUGGUGGUGCCCUCCGACAUGGGCCGCAGCAGGGGCCUUUUCCACACGCUGACGGGGGAGCUGCAGCCUCCGGUGUGGGCGGCCGUGGUCGCCGCGGCGGUCGUCGUCCUGGUGGGGCUGACGCUGCUGUCGCGGGGCCGCCCAAGGGGCCGCCGCGCCGCGGACGUGCUCAACGUGCUGGCGCCGCUGCUGGGCUCGCCGUCACGCGGGGUGCUGGCGCCGCAGCGGCCGCUGUCCGGCAGCUGGAUGUUGGUCUGCAUCGUGCUGGUGGCCGCGUACCAGGGCACGCUGCUGAGCCGCCUUAGCAAUGGCGCCCCCGUCGAGCAGCUAAUGUCGUACGCGGACCUCAUGGAAACGAACCUCAGCGUCCUGGCCCCCGACGCCAUGUUCGACGACGCGCUGCCGCCCGAACUCUACCCCCGACUCAUCUACACGUCCGCCCUCUCCAACGAAAUGCAGCUGAGUGAGAUGGCGCAGCGCCGCGACGCGGCCAAGCUGCUGAGCGUGGACUUCAUCAACAGCCUCGUCCCGUUCAUGGUGCCCGUCAAGCUGCUGCACGCCUUCACAGUGCCCACGCGCUUCGCCCGCUCCAUCUUCUUGACGGCCAAGAACUCCCCGUACGAGGAGCCGCUGCGGCAGAUCCUGGGCCGCGCCCACGCCAGCGGCCUGCUGUGCCACUGGAACUCCAUGGGCGAUUUCAACAUAAGCCGCACCAAGCAGCGCGAGAAGCUGGUGGACAGGCACAAGCCCCUAGGAUGGCGCAACGUCCGCGCCCUGUUCACGGUGUGGGCCGCGGGGCUGGCCGCCGCCCUGGCCGCCUUCGCCGUGGAGUCGAUCCCGGCGCUGGCUGGGGAUUAGUUUGUACAACGUCAAGGAGAGCGCUUA